AUGGAGUUCUGGGGUGUUGAAGUCAAAAGUGGCGUAUCACUUCCGGUGGAUCCUGGGACGGAUAUGAUUUUGCACAUCUCACAGGUUGCUCUGGGCGAGAAGAAGAACAAUGGAAGCGAGCCAGUGAAGAUUUACCUGAAAGUUGGAGAUCAUAAGCUUGUCAUUGGGACGCUAUCUCAUGACAAGAUCCCUCAGCUGAGCACUGAAAUUGUGUCGGAAAAGCCUUGCGAGCUGUCUCAUAGCUGGAAGAAUGGGAGCGUUUACUUCACCGGCUACCUAGAAGAUGAGUCAGAAGAUGAGCCAGUUGUUGCUCAACCAGUUGCGAAGGAGGUGAACCUGCAGGUGCCAAAUGAAGAUGUUAAUGCUGGUAGUGAUGAAGAGUCGUCAGAUGAUGAUACUUCCGAGGACUCUGGAGAUGACGAGGAAAAGAAAGUUGCUGCUAAGGUUGACAGCGACGAGGAUGAUGAAGAUGACUCAUCAGACGAAGAUGAAGAUGACUCAUCAGAUGAAGACACUCCAGUGAAGGUUGAAGAAUCCAAGAAGAGAUCCGCAGAAGGCAACACCUCAAAGAAUCCUGCUGCUUCCAACAAGAAGGCCAAAUUCGUAACUCCAGAGAAAUCAACAGAGUCGAAGAAAGCUCACGUCCACGUUGCAACUCCACAUCCAUCGAAACAAGGAGGAAAGAAUUCUGCAAGCAAUGGAGAGUCAUCGAAGCAGCAGCAGACACCAAAGUCUGCAGGUGCGUUUGCGUGCAAGUCGUGCAACAGAUCGUUUACGUCGGAAGUGGGAUUGCAGUCUCACACUAAGGCCAAACACAGUGCAGCUGCUUGA